GAAAUUUACCCAAAAAUAGCAGUCACGGUUAACAUCAAGAAAAUCACUUGGAAAUGUUUAGGGAGGGCUAAAUUCACCAACAACCAAAACACCAGAAAUGGGUCGUGUUAUUAGAGCACAAAGAAAGAGCGGAGGUAUCUUCCAAGCUCACACUCGUCUUCGUAAGGGAGCCGCUCAGCUCCGUACUUUGGACUUUGCUGAGCGUCACGGAUACAUUCGUGGUGUUGUCCAAAAGAUCAUUCAUGACCCUGGUCGUGGUGCUCCUUUAGCUAGAGUUGCUUUCCGUAACCCUUACCACUACCGUACCGAUGUUGAGACCUUCGUUGCUACCGAAGGUAUGUACACUGGUCAAUUCAUCUACUGUGGUAAGAACGCUGCUUUGACUGUUGGUAACGUCUUGCCCGUUGGUGAGAUGCCUGAAGGUACCAUUGCCUCAAACGUCGAAGAGAAGUCUGGUGACCGUGGUGCUUUGGGUCGUUCCUCUGGUAACUAUGUCAUCAUUGUCGGUCACGACGUUGACACUGGCAAAACCCGUGUGAAGUUGCCCUCCGGUUCCAAGAAGGUUGUCCCUUCUGCCGCUCGUGGUGUCGUCGGUAUCAUUGCCGGUGGUGGUCGUGUUGACAAGCCCUUGCUUAAGGCCGGUCGUGCUUACCACAAGUACAAGGUCAAGCGCAACUGCUGGCCCAAGACUCGUGGUGUUGCUAUGAACCCCGUCGAUCACCCUCAUGGUGGUGGUAACCAUCAACACGUUGGUCACUCUACCACUGUUCCUCGUGGUUCCGUUCCCGGUCAAAAGGCUGGUCUUAUUGCUGCCCGCAGAACUGGUCUCUUGCGUGGUGCUGCUGCUGUGGAAAAUUAGGUUUUCAAUGAAAAGUUUUGUUCCGGCUGUUGAAAAAGUGUUUGAUGCGUGUAGUUUGUUUAUAGAGGUUGAAGUGGUGAAUGAUGGAUAAUGGUAACAGUAGCCAAGUAAAAAAGGAUUCAUUAUUAGAAAAAGAUGUCGACUUACGUGUGGCUCUAAGGGAGUAUUACUUCCAAAAAAGAAUAUAUUAAAGCUUUUUUAAGACAAAAGGGAAGAUAGUAAAAAAUUGAGGGAAGAUAAUACAUCUAAAAGCUAUUUAAAACAUAACGGAAUUCCUCUGUUAUGAUAAUUCGUAAAUUAUUAUUAAGAUUAAUCGUGCAUGUUGACCUUUGGGUCUUACUUAGACAAAGGUGGUGUAUCCAUAAACAUCUUUGCACCAGCACCAGGAGGAUAUCUUUGACCGACGACUUCGGCACUGUCAGAAGCUUCGCGGAUUUCACGAAAUGUUUCAGGAGAAAGUUGAAUGUCCUUGGCGGAAAAGUUUUCUUCCAAGUACUUAAUGCGCUUCGUGCCGGGGAUAGGGAGGAAAUUAUGGCCUUGAGCCAAAAUCCAAGCCAAGCUGAGUUGACCUGGGGUAACAUUGUUUUUAGCAGCGAUAGAUUCCAAUUUCUUGACAAGUUCAAGAUUUUUAUAAAAGUUUUCCUUUUGGUAUCGAGGAGCAUUUCUGCGGAAGUCGCCUUCAGGGAAAUCAUCUGGCGACUUGUAGGCGCCAGUCAAGAAACCACGACCAAGGGGUGCAUAGCAAACGAUUGUAAUAUUGUUUUCACGGCAAGCCUGCUCGACACCAAUCUCGGGACGCUCAAUUUCUAAGGAGAAUGGAGAAUAUUCAAUUUGAACAGCACUGACGGGGUAAACCUUACAGGCACGACGAAUAGUGUCUGCGCUACAUUCGGAAAGACCGAUAUAGCGAAUUUUGCCUGCUUCAACAAGACUCUUGAGGGUCUCCAUUAUGGUCUCGAUAGGCGUCUCGCCACUAAAGCGAUGGACAUAGUACAAGUCAAUAAAUUCGACAUUCAAUCGUUUUAAGGAAAUGUCGAGUGCCUUGUGAAUAUGUUCGGGAGUAUUAUUUAAAGCGACACUGCCAUCGGGCUUCUUUUCGUAACCAAAUUUAGUAGCAAGGAAGAUUUCGUUUCUGCGACCGGUUUGCUUGAACCAACGGCCAAGGCAAUCUUCGUUUGCACCAAAUCCAUACAUGUCCGAGCUAUCCCAGAAGGUACAGCCGAUGUCGGCGGCACGAGUUAAGACGGCCUGGUUGGCUUCCUCAGAGGAAGGUCCAUACAUUGCAUGUAAACCCAUACAUCCAAAACCGAUAGGAGAGACAACGGUGUCUCCGAUUUUACGAGUUGCGACAACCAUAUUUUAAAGAGUUAUAGAACUAACAAACAAACUAUACGAGUUAGUAUUUCGUAAAGAUACGGUAUGUUUAGAAGCAAAAGAAAAAAUAUCAAAUAUGAAUCAAAAUACAAAAAAUACAAAAGUCCCACUAAAAGUUCUUUCUUUUUUGUAUGUUUUCUCCUUGGAUAUUUCUUCUUUUUAUAUCCUUACUUUUUCUUUACUGUGUAUGAACAAACGAACGUAGUGUUUGGUGAACGACAAAAGAAAAAAAGACUAAAUCCGCUCAAUUUAAGAAACAAGCAAAGGAGCCUGAAUAUCGGUGUUUUUAUCUCGUCCACCAUACCGGGACUCGUAAAUUAAGUUGUCUACAUCCUUUCACCUCGUUGUUCCUAAAGACUUUUUAUUUCAUUUAGGUGGUACGCUGCAGUAUUCGCAGUCAAUAACGAAUCUGAAAAGAAAGCAAAUUAAAAGUACAUAAUGCUUAAAAAAGUAGUAAAUAAAAAGAAAGAUUGAGGUUUUCGUUAAAAUUCAUAUACCAUGGAAGUG